GAGCAUUCGGUCCCUUCGCUCCGAAAGAAAACGGCUCUAGCGCUCUCCCUCACUCCUGCUCUUCUCUUCCCCCUCCCUCUUCAACCGCUUCUACCGUCGCCUCGCUCGCUUACGCGCGCUCUCUCUCUCUCACUCUACCACACUCUGUGCCUCUGGAGCGCUGCCUAGCCUCGUCCCUCAACACGGAGCCACGUCUCCGCGUCCUAGCAGUGCGGAUGAUUCCGGUGAUUAUCGUUCCUUCGUGGCUGGUGGAAGGCAGCCGCCGACGCCUCUCCCCCUCGUGCGAACGGCGUCCCCGUGGUCGUGUCGCGUAGUGGAAGAAGAAAGGGGAACGCACGGGACGGGACGAGCGGACGGACGGAACGGGGGCGUGAACGACGCCCGUCCUCGGCUGCAGCAUCGUCCUUCAACUACGUCGUUGUUUGCGGUGCGUAAUUCAACGUUCCGGCGAGCACCAUCGUCCUCUCUCGUCCACGCAGGAUAAUACCUCCCUCUCCGUCCCUCACUCGCUGUUGGCGCAGAGGUCGUGACUUCCGGAGAGAAAGGAGAGACAGAGAGAGAGAGAAAGAGAGAGAGAGAGAGAAAGAGAGUUUACUCGCGAGAGAGCGGAGAGCGCCGCGAGAAAGGCGUGCUGACCGCGUUCCUCGGUCGGCGGCGAGAGCAGGAUCGGUCAGCGAGGAAAAGCCAGGAUCUCCAGUGUCACUUCCUCAACGUGCCUCGGCGUCAUCUUCAAACGGCCACGCUCAUCGGCCGCAAUCGGAUUCAUCAUUUCACAACGGCGUGUUGCAUCUGCGUCUGCGAAUUUGUCAUCCUUCGAAGAGGAAUUUCCAUUGUACUUCAGAAUCCCGCGGGAGAUAAAGAAGAAGUGAGGAGUGAGUGUUGAAAGGAAACUUGGCGAGUGUCGAGAGCCGUAACCUCAGGAUGUUCCCGUCGAGGGGACGCUGAGGACGUGCGGCGGAGUCGUGAAACGGCGUGCCGUGGCUUCCCGCGGGAGAUGUUCGGCGCCCUGAAGGGAGAUCCGACCGGCGAAGCGGGCGGCUAGUUUGCGGUGCACGCCUCGCGGCGCGCCGGUGCAUCCUGGCUGCGGCAGCAUCCUGCGCGCUUCUGCCCGCCCGGCGAUUCCUCUAUCGGCGUGGCCCGUCCGAGCUGGCGGGGCGAGAAAUUCAAAUAAACACAACAAUCGGCAUCGGUGCAAUUGUGUUGGAAGGAUUUUCGAUCGAGAGGACAUUUGAAUCGGGACGAGACCGGCGGCCUCCAUGUGCGUAUCGGGGUUCUGAAAGAGCGCGUGGCUUGACAGGACACCUCGCGAGCGGAGCGCCGCGCGGCGCCGGUCAACUUCGAGGGAUCCGCAUUCUCGGAAAUCGUCCCCGUCGUGUGUUCUUCGCAUCCUGUCCCGUUCUCUGUGUGUGACUCGAGUUCCCGAAUUAGACAAAGACCGUGGAUGGUACCGGCAGGCCCGCAGGAUUAUUCGACAACAACAACGACGACGACGACGACGACGACGACGACGACGACGACGACGGCGGCGGUGACAAGGAGGAGGAGGAGGAUCGUGUUUCCCGCGGCUGUAACGGGUGUCACGGCUGAUUCGUGGAAUGUGACGGGACACGUCGCUCGCGGAGUAGUGAGUCGUAGAAAAGGGGACAUCAUCCACUGCUCGGGAGCAAGAGACACAAAUCAGCUGGUAUGUCAAAUAAUCAGCUGGUUGACUCCUGUCUGCUGGUGAAUCGCCGGAUCGAGCAGAGGCAGGAGCACAACAUAACUCGCACUGAGAUCACGCAGAGACGCGUCCUACAGGAGAAAGCCCCCGACAUGCCACAAUACACGGGACAGGGCGACACAGAUUAUCAUGGGAGUAACGGACAGGCGGACACUCACUCGCUGCACUCGUCUCAUCUGUCCGUCCAGGAGGACCCGCUGCUCAUUCGGACUCACAAGCAACAAACUUCUCAGCAAGUGACGACCGUGACGAAAGUCGUACGCGAGGUCUCGCACAUGGAGCCGGAUCCGGGCGCGGUCAGUUACAUGUCGGUGCCGCUGAUGUCGCAAGACUACCAGCACGCGGAUCCGCGCUACCCGGAUCCGUACAUGGUCAGUUUCGACCAUUACGACCCGUACCUGGGCUACCCGCCGCAGCCGGGGUACCCGGGUCCCCAUGGCAUCUACAUGCCGCGCUCGCACUCCCCGCACAGCCCCCACAGCCCAUCGGAGCACAGUCGUGCUUCACCGCCACACGAGUACUUGCGCAAGGGUGCGCCUUACGUGGAGGGCAGCUAUAACGACAUCGACCCCGGUUUAAACCCCGCUUUGCAGGACCAUUAUCGCAUUACGCCGAGUCCAGGUGGUCCCGGGGACCAGUACGACGAGAGCAAGGUAGCGUACGGAUAUGUAUCGCCGUCGCCGUACGGGCCCGUGAGUUACGGGCCCGCCGUGGGCGUCGGCCCGGUGCCGAGCGACGUGCCCGGCUACGAGGAGGGCCAUCCGGGCGUGCCGCUGACGUCGGGCGUGCCGCCCGGCAUCUUCGAGGAUGAGGUGCACCUGCAGCGGCUGCAGUCGCGCGGCCAUCCGGUCGUGCCGGGCAUGGCGUCGCCGCUCGACGACGAUCAGAAGUCCAUGCGCUGGCGCGACCCGAACCUGUCCGAGGUGAUCGGCUUCCUGAGCAACCCGAACAACAUCAUCAAGGCGAACGCGGCCGCGUACCUGCAGCACCUCUGCUACAUGGACGACCCGAACAAGCAGAAAACGCGCAGCCUCGGCGGCAUACCGCCGCUCGUGCAGCUUCUCGACCACGACAAUCCGGACGUGUACCGGAACGCGUGCGGCGCCCUGAGGAAUCUGUCGUACGGCCGGCAGAACGACGAGAACAAGCGCGCGAUCAAGAACGCCGGCGGCGUGCCGGCGCUCAUCAACCUGCUGCGGCGAACGUCCGACGCGGAUGUCAAGGAGUUGGUCACGGGAGUGUUGUGGAAUCUGUCCUCGUGCGAGGACCUGAAGAGGUCGAUCAUUGACGACGGCGUGACGAUGGUGGUGAACAACAUAAUAAUACCUCACAGCGGCUGGGACCCGAGCUCGUCGAGCGGCGAGACGUGCUGGUCGACGGUCUUCAGGAACGCGUCCGGCGUUUUGCGGAACGUGUCGAGCGCGGGCGAGUACGCGCGUAAGAAUCUGCGCGAGUGCGAGGGCCUGGUGGACGCGCUGCUCUACGUGGUGCGUUCGGCGAUCGAGAAGUCCAACAUCGGCAACAAAAUCGUGGAGAACUGCGUGUGCAUUCUGAGGAACCUGAGCUACCGCUGCCAGGAGGUGGAGGACCCGAAUUACGACAAGCACCCGAUCCAGUCCACGGUGCAGAACAGGGUCGCGGCGCCCGCGAAAGGCGAGAAUCUAGGCUGCUUCGGCGGCAGCAAGAAAAAGAAGGACGGCCAACCGGUCCAGAAGGAGACCACCGCGUCGCGCACGACGAAUCCGCGGACCGAACCGGUCAGGGGAAUGGAAUUGCUCUGGCAACCGGAAGUGGUCCAGUCGUACCUCAGCCUUUUGCAAACCUGCUCGAAUCCGGAAACGCUGGAGGCCGCCGCCGGGGCCCUGCAGAACCUCGCCGCCUGCUACUGGCAGCCGAGCAUCGAGAUUCGCGCGGCCGUUCGCAAAGAGAAGGGCCUUCCUAUAUUGGUGGAACUUUUGAGAAUGGAGGUGGACCGAGUAGUAUGCGCGGUCGCGACUGCACUCAGGAACUUGGCGAUAGACCAGCGCAAUAAGGAGCUAAUAGGCAAGUACGCGAUGAGGGAUCUCAUCCAGAAGCUACCGUCUGGCAAUAACCAACACGAUCAGGGCACGAGCGACGACACAAUCGCUGCGGUGCUCGCCACUCUCAACGAGGUCAUCAAGAAGAACGCCGAGUUCUCGCGGUCGUUGCUCGACGCCGGCGGCGUCGACAGAUUGAUGAACAUCACCAGGCAACGCCAGAAAUACACGCCGCGUGUUCUUAAAUUCGCAGGACAAGUAUUGUUCACCAUGUGGCAACAUCAAGAGUUGCGGGACGUCUACAAGAAGCACGGCUGGAAGGAGCAAGAUUUCGUCACAAAAACCGUCGCCGCCAGAAAUUCAGGGCCUAAUUCACCCAACAACGCUAACAGCACCCUGAAUCGACCGAUGGCAAGCCAGGGCAGCACAAGAUAUGAAGAUCGAACGAUCCAGCGAGCGAACAUGAACUCGAAUAAUGUCGGUCGACCUACUAUAUAUCAAUCAGUAAGUAAUAAUAACUAACAGCAUCACUAAACAAAUACACUGUGUAGGUACACCUUAUAGGAUCUCGUCAAGACAAGCACAAUCGACGGAAAAAAAAUCACAUGUGCACAUUACAUGCAAUUUGAAUCGCCGGUCUUAAGAAAAAAAAAUAUACCUACUAAUAUUUCAU